UGCCUGCUACCUCCAUAUCCUUUCUUCCUCCCGCUUCCGUCCUCUUUCCUCUUCUUUCCCAUUCUUUCAUUUUUUUUUUUUACUUAGUUCAUCUUUGGUUCUGCAUCUUCUUCCUCCCCGUUCUUCUUUUAUUUCGAUUUUUUUUCCUUCUUUACCUGUUUUUUUCUUCACCCCGCUCAAUCGCCGACCGCCGUUUGGGGGGUGGGGCGACGGACCAUCCACCGUCGGUUAGUCGAGAGGGAGGAUCGUACUCAGGCGAUUCGAACGGGCGGUGGGUAAGGCAGAUAGGUUACGAAGGGGAAGGGAUAAUGGGGUUUAUUGAAAUCGAAUCAGCCUCACAUAGGUGCAGAAAUUGUCGCCCUAUACCAGUAAACAAACAGUCAUGAAGAUCAUUCAAAUGUUGCUUACAAGAAGAGUGAACUGUCAGACUGCAGCAAACUAUGUUUUGCGUAGCUUUCUUGGUAGAAUUUACAGGCGCCGUGCUGUUGUCGGUAGGUGCUGCAAGCCAUUUACGUAUUACAUCUGCAGCAGGGAGAGUGAUGUAUGUCAAGGAUCUAUACAAUUCUCACAUAACUUCUCAAGUAUGGCUGGAACGAUUCUAGUCCAGGCUCGAGACAUUGGCAAACUUCAUGAGGAGUUAGAGGCUGCAAUUAAUGAGCACAGACUCAACGACGCUUGGGAUUUGCACGAGCAACAUAUGCUAGUGGAUGGGUUUGCUAGAAAUUCUAUCAUAAAUCUGUUGAUUGCAAGAUUGGCAGAGAGUUCAGAGUUUCACUGGCUCGAGAAGGCUUAUGGGUUGGUCGAGAAAGUGAUACAGGAGCAAAAAGAGAGUAUAUUAUCGAAGGAGUGUCUGAUGUACCUCGCCAUUGGGCUUGCCAAAUGUGGACAGCCUACCCAUGCCUGCAAUCUCUUACGAAAGCUUAUUGAAAUGGAACACUUCCCUCCAGUGGCUGUUUGGUCGGCAAUCAUAGCUUACAUGUCAGAGAAUUCAUCCGGGGCAUAUCUAGCUGCUGAGUUAGUUCUUGAAAUAGGUUACUUGUUCCAGGAUGGGAGGAUCGAUCCUCGGAAAAAAUGCAAUAAACCUCUCAUUUCUAUGAAGCCGAAUACAACUUCUUUUAACAUAGCUUUGGUGGGUUGCCUUCUCUUUGGCACUACGAGGAAAGCCGAGCAGCUCCUUGACAUGAUGCCACAAAUUACCAUAAAGAAGGAUGCUACUUCGCUAAUUAUCAUGGCACAUGUUUACGAAAGAAAUGGUCGAAGAGAGGAGCUCAAAAAGCUUAGGCGACAUUUUGAAGAAGUUCACAACAUGAAUGAGGUACAGUUUCGGCAGUUCUAUAAUUGCCUGCUUUCUUGUCACUUGAAAUUUCGGGAUCUUGAUUCUGCUUCCAGCAUGAUUCUUGAAAUGCUUCACAAGGCAAAGAAAGCUCAGAAUUCUCUAGGUUUGGCUAAUUUAAAAUUCGAAACUGAUAGAAAAGGUACACUGCCUCCUUGUCAUGAUUCUUCUGUCGAGGAUUUGGACAAUGCAAAAUCUGAUGAACAAGAAGACAAUUCGUUGGUUAAGGGGUAUUUGAGUUAUGAUGAUUUCAUACGUGAUAAAAAGUUUUCGGGACUUGAGUUGGAGGCUAAAAGGCUACUCGAGGCAUCAGUUACGAAGUUACAGGGACAAAUAGAAUUGAUCAUGACCGAUAAAGGCAUUCUUAAACCAACAGAUAAAGCUUAUGUAAAAUUAGUUAAAGCUUUCCUAGAGGCUAGCAAAACAAAGGAUUUGGUUGAAUUUUUAAUCGAGGCUGAAAAAGAAGAUUCCCCUGUAUCUGCAGAUAGUUCAAUCCUGUUUUAUGCUAUCGACUCGUGCAUUUCUCUUGGUUGGUUAGAUCGAGCGCAUGAUCUUCUUGAUGAAAUGCGAUUGGCAGGGAUCAGAGCUAGUUCGUCUUUGUAUACUUCUCUUUUAAAAGCAUAUCUUAAAGAAAAUAAAAUGGGUGAAGCAUCAUCAUUAGCGAGAGAUGCUCGCAGGGCUGGAAUUCAGUUGGAUGCAGGUUCCUACGAAGCUUUAAUUGAGUCUCGAGUGCUUGAGAAGGACACUGUGAGGGCCAUUGAUCUGUUCAGGGAAAUGAAAGAAGCUAAAAUUUCCCCGAGAGGUCAUCAAGAAUUCAACGAGUUGGUUCAAAAUUCGAAGGAAGGCAAGGAGGCGGGAUUAAUAUCAAAGUUAUUGGAGGAAAUACAGGAGCAGCAGAAACCAAAUGCCGAAGUUCAUGAUUGGAAUAAUGUGAUUCAUUUCUUCUGCAAGAAACAGCUAAUGCAAGAUGCUGAGAAAGCUCUGAAGAAGAUGAUUAGUUUGGGGCACUCCCCGAAUGCCCAAACUUUCCAUUCUAUGGUCACCGGAUAUGCUGCGAUAGGCGGGAAAUACAUUGAGGUAACUGAACUAUGGGGCGAGAUGAAGUCUCUUUCUUAUCACAACGGAAUGAAAUUUGAUCAGGAACUGUUGGAUGCGGUGCUUUAUACAUUAGUCAGAGGUGGAUUCUUUAUUCGAGCAAAUGAAGUAGUCGACAUGAUGGAGAAGGGAAACAUGUUUAUUGACAAGUACAAGUACCGUGCUCUCUUUCUCAAGUACCACAGGACACUCUACAGGGGCAAGAUGCCGAAAUUCCAAACGGAAAACCAGUUGAAAAGGAGGGAAGCCGCACAGGCCUUUAAGAAAUGGGUCGGCUUAUAACGAAAGGAACUUUCUUUUUUCUCUCCAUCGACACGGGAAUUACCUUUGUUCGGAAAUGUAGAGGUUGGUUCAAAAUUAUAAAGCCACGGUAUAUUAGUCUACCUUCUCUGGACUUACUAUAACCACAAUUCCGCAAAAUCCAUAGCCAUGGAUGGAAUAACUUCAAAGCUUUUCACAUGCUAUUGAUGAACGCUGGCCAUGUCUUGAGGGUAGGGUAUUGGCUCCUCGCUUGGUUAUAUGAUACAGCCUCGGCAUCAAUGUCUGGUUUGAAAUAUGUUGCUCCACCAGCUCAGGCAGUGCUGCAAGAUUUCAACAGCAAUAAUAUCCUGGGUAACCCCCAUCCGCUCCUCUUUUUUUCUUUGAUGACGUGGGAAUCCGCAGCGGUUACUCGAAAGUGCGCAUUGGGUAAACCUUCGGUCGAAUCUAAUACCCUGUAAAAUAGGCUCGAUAGACAAGUCACACUAGGCAAAUCAUGUGUAUCAUGUGUGUGAUUGUUUCUUUUGAUAUAGUUGCUAAUCAUGGAAAAACCUUUUUUUAAAAAGUAGACCUUAAAACAAAUUGAGAAGUUUUGGCAGUAGGUUUAAAGAGUUGUGAGAAUAUAUAUAUUUUUUUAAUACAUUAUUUAAUACUCCCUCCGUCCCAUAUACCAUGUCCACGUUGUCGUUUCUGUUUGUUCCACGUACAUGUCACUUUC